AUGAAGAAUGGGAAGGCAACCGGACCAGACAUGAUUCCUGUGGAGGAAUGGGAAGCAUUAGGAGAUGAAGGAAUGGAUAUACUGUACAAUCUUAUGUUACAGAUCCUUGAGCAAGAAAAGAUACCAAAUGAGUUGCGUGGGAGUAUAUUGAUCCCAAUUUUUAAAGGGAGAGGCUAUGUCCAAGAGUGUGGUGAUUAUAGGGGUAUUAAAUUGAUGUUCCACACUUUGAAGAUACUGGAAAGGAUGAUAGAUACUAGACUAAGAGAAGAAGCAGGAAUAGGUAAAGAGCGGAUGGGAUUCAUGAGGGGAAGGGGAACAACAGAUGAUAUAUUUUGUCUGAGGCAACUAAUGGAGAAAUUCAGGGAAAAGCAAAGGGACUUGCAUAUGGUAUUGGAGGAGUCUGAGGGAGAAGAUGGUGCCAGAGAAUGGUCCCAAAGUGACGAGCUCAGCUCCGCUUCGAAAAAUGCUGACACAACCUCUUUGGGUGGAGUGAUGUUGAAGGUUGCUGCCUAA